AUGGCGGAAAUUGCUCCCGACGGCGCUGGCUGCGAUGCGGCCGCGGUCGCUGGCAACACGCCCGCGGCGGGCUCGGGCGCAGCAGCCUCGUCGGUCGAGGACGGCAGCGAGCCAGGGGCGAGUGGCGCGGCGGGACUGCCGUCGACGCCUGCGGCGUGCCUGGGCUGGGUGGCUGGAGCGGGCGCCGCAAAUGCAGGCGCAGCCCCCGCAUCGCUCGAGCUCUGCCCCGGCUCGGAAGGGCGCGCCUCGCCCGGUUCGGUCCGCUGGCGCUUCGACGCCUCCGCCUGCAGGGUGGGGCCGGCCUGUCUGGCGUGA